AUGACGUCUGUCAGGCUGUUCGAACGAGAGGGUACCACCCUAGUUGCUCCUCCCGACGGGCUAUCCUUCGAGGCGUCCUCCAAUGAGCUUCCGGAACGCUGGGAGACCACCUAUAGCAACCGGAUAAGGUUCCCGCCAGUGGCGUCGCGAGCAACAACAGUAACACCCGAAAACUACAUACCAAGUACUGAAGGGGUUUUGCUGAGUGGCAACAUGGGAGCUGAUCCCACUCGCCAUGCCUCGUCCUCUACUUCUGCGCCUGGUGAUGACCCAGGUAGUGCUGCGCCUCUCACAGCAAACGUGCAGCCCAUGAAAUUUCCAUUGGUACCAAUCGCUUCCAGUAGCUGGCGCGUACAGAUUGAUGAGGAGGCGCGAGCAUCUGUUGAUAACUUCGGCAGGGCUGGUGCGUCCCUCACUCCAGGUCUGCACCCUGGCAAGAAGCUGUUACUGGAGCCUAUCUCCGGCAUCAGCUUUGGCGCACAGAAUCACGACGUGCUUACCCCGUCGAGCGUAGCUCCUAGUCUGCAGCAUGCUCAGCUCGAUCGAACAGGGGAGGAUGCGAUCCCUUACCAACGAAGCAUCGAUGCUCGGUUUGCUCCUCUACCUCAGGCCGUGGACACGGUGGCCAUACGCGGGGGUGCGGAUAUGGCUCCAAGCUCGAUUGUCGAUGCCGCGAACGCGUUCCCCACCACCCUUACCAAGAAAUUGCCCCCUUCUAUGCCCCAUACCACUCGCAACUCCGAUCAUCGCUCGUUUGCAGAGGGCAAUGCCCAUUUCGCGAGCAUGUCAGGGAACAGUGAAUCCGUCGACUCUUACAGGCGCACGGUUCAAAUUCGUACCCGUCCAUUCCAGUUUGUGAUCGAACCCGAGAACAAGAUGCGCGCUACAAGUCGCGACAAUCCAUCCUCAAUCGGUACAGAGCUCCACAAACCGAACGCUAGUGUGUCUGGCUCGACCGUUGUUGACCCGCCUUCUCAACCGUGGUCCGACGUUCAACUACGGUCCGACAUAGGUAUAGGGUUUUCCAGCACACUUGGUAACUUGCCAACUUCCUCGGAGGCCAGCAUGGGCAUGGUCAAACAGUCUGGUACAAGCACUCCGGCUCUACACCUCUUCAAGAACCUCCUGUAUCGUUGCACGCUGAUCCCACAGAUCUUUUUCUUCAUGAAGACAAGUGUAAGGGCACCAUUCGAGCGUGGAUUCUCGGCGAUAACGGGACAUGGGCGCCAGUCGCAGAGGGAUACGCCCAUCCGAAUCUCAAACAACGCCGUCUUCAUAUUCAACACUGUGGAGAACCGAGCUGGGUAA